GGAGCUUGCCCCGGGGUUCUGACCGGAGACACCAGCAAAUCAAGCAUGGGACUCGUGGUUCUGCAGGAGUGGUGGGGCAUAAAUCAGGUGAUCAUAGACGAAGCUGCGGACAUUUCCGAAAUGGGCAACUUUGUAACUCUUGUUCCCGACUUGUACCGGGGAAAAAUAGCGACGGAUCAUGAAACCGCGGGCCACUACAUGUCUGAUUUGGACUGGUCAGGCGCAGUGCAAGAUAUCGCUGGGGCUGCGAAAUAUUUGAAGGAGAAAGGUUGGUCCAAUAUAUAAGCUUAAAGAUAAACUCCUUAAUAGUUAAUCGGGGUCACGCAAUUCGAGGGAGUGUAUAGUAUACGUAGGUGUUGCAACUUUGGGCUGACCCGGAAUGCUGCAAAAUCCUGAAGAUGACCCCUUUUUUGUUAAGAUGAGGGGAGGUCCAUCCAAUAACUCCAAGCUUUGUUUUGAAACUGCAGUGGUUCAAAACGGAUAUUUUCCCUACUUAGGGAGUGGGAGGGUGUGUUUAGGAUUAGUAUUCGCCGACAGAAUGUUCAAUAAUGAGAAAAUCCUUAAAUAAGAAUGACCGAGCAGGCCCAUAGCGGGGUUUUUUACGGGGUAGGUGCAAUCCAACUAGGAGACAGACCAAAUAAGGCUGGUGGGGCAUAUCUCUUAAGGGGGGGAAGCUUUGGUUGUCUGAGACUGAAUUGCCCAGCAAGUUUGCAACUGGGGGGGUGGGGGGGGGGGGGGGGCCCCNAUAUACUUUCAACAAGAAAAAAUGUUGACCUAAAAAAACUUUUCUCCACAAAGAGUCACACGGUGUAGCUUUAAUAGGAGUUUUAAUAUCCUCCAAGCAACAUAGAGAACUGGGUUCAGCAUGUCAAAGCUGACGGGAGUUCUCAUACUUGCCAUGCAACUGGUAAAAAAACAAUUCAGAUCCAACCUGACUUUGCAGAAAAGCAUGGCAAACAAAGACAAAAAGGAUUUUUAUUGAGCAAUGAAAAAGUGUCUUGUAGGCGCACCAAAUCCCCUUUUUAUACUUAACCAAGGCUAAAACAUGUUUUAUGGAAAAAGUGAGUCAGGCUUGUGACUUCUUUAACAGCAUUUUCAAUUUCACUACACAAUACUCCUACUUCACUUUUUUUAAGUCACUGAUCAAUAAAAAAGUGGACCUCUGGUGCCUAUGGGGGGGUGCGAGGGCAUGGUUCACACCCACCUCCCUACAGGCCUGCCAAGACUAGGUUUCCUUGAGCCUGCAAGACUGAGCACCCACCCAAACCCUUGUUUUCACUAAAACCGCUGGACACCACAACCUGGUUGAGGUCAUUGUUAUCUAAGGUCUUCCCAAUAAUGAAUACAGUCCUCUCUCACUGGUUACCAGCAUGAUGGGUGUUUUACUAGGAGAGGGGGGGUGGCUGCUUAUUACCUGUGAGGGAGGUGCGCCAUUUUGAGAAAACUUAGAUUUUCAAACCUAACCCCCCAAUUAAUCCUAGCUAUUUAGAAAUGACCCCCAUAAAUUUUAACUAUUGUGAAAGUGAGCCCCCAUAGGAAUAUUCUAGCUACAAAUUGUGUAACUUGCAGAAUAAGGGUUAUUUUUUCGCAUUUUCAGGGAGAAGUGCAUGCACUCUCUCACCUAAAAAAUGUGAAAAAAUAACACCUGUUUUGCAGGCUACAAAUCGUGCCAAGAGUUCACCACAUACUUAAUUAUCUACAGUCAUGUUUAUAAGAUCAGUUUUUGCUAUUUGCAGAUGUUACAUUUAAUUUCAAUUCACGCUUGUUACAGCUCUGUACUACUUUCAUGAAAUUACUAAAAUGCCCCCCAAGGUAAUGCUCCCUAAUCUGAAAAUGACCCCACAGCAAAAUGGCCGACCCUGGCCCUGGUUCCGGCCCCAUCUCAGGAAAUAAACGACCAGCUUAUAGAGAGACCUUUUGGAAGUUUGCCUGAUUUGUAAAACUAAUUAUUUUUUUGAGCACCAGCCCAUCUGAUCCUCCUUUUCAAUCUAUAUAGAGCAGUCAAUGGACAGCUGUAAUUUAUCAACUCGGUUGACAGAACCCAAAAGUUAAAUGUAUUUCAGUACUCCACUGAUGCACCCUGUAAUCAGAGCCUGCUUUUGUCUUCUUGUUGGUCAAGAAGGAGAAAAGGAGGCUGAUCUGCCUGAAUGGUGUAAAGCUUCUGAAUUUGCCACAGCCUCAAUUUCUGGAUAAGUCAAUCUUGCCUUCUCUCAUCAAACUUGUUUUUUCAAACACAAGCAUCCAUUUAUUGAUAGUCCGAGGGUCUUAACUGAACCCACUGUGCCAAGUGCACAGCUAUUAAGCCUGGGUUCCAAACUGUAUCCUUAUGGCAACAAGCAACACAUAUGCACAACAAAGAUCCUACUCGAUUAAUGCAGUCUUUGUUAAGUAUGCCAAAAUCGAAAUAUCAUUGUGGGCAAGUGAAAGAAAGGCUCUGCCAGCAGGUUGCCACUGAUGCAGCCCCAUACUAAGUGUAAGGCUAUGUUCAAACUAUACCGAAUAGCUUUUCGUGGCAGUGUAGUCAGGGUGUGAACACCUAACUGAUAUGUGACUCUCUGCUCUAGAGAUCGGACUGGGGUAGCCUUGCUCCAUCUCAGACUUAUCGCACCACCACAACAAUUUUUGUGCGCGAAACAGAAGCCCUGUCCGCUAUGAUAUUUGUGGCAGCACCAAAGCUAUGCGGUAUACUGUGAACGUAGCCUAUGUUUAAAAACUAAACCUGCAAUUAUUUGUUAUUUUGUCAGGUUGUAAGAAAGUGGGUGUGACUGGCUUCUGUAUGGGUGGGGCCCUUGCUUUAGCUGCUGCUGCACUACUUCCUGAAGAGAUUUCAGCUGCCGCUCCAUUUUAUGGCAUUCCCAGUUCCGACCUCUGUGAUGUGGGCAAGAUCAAAGCACCAGUGCAAGCCCACUUUGGUAGUAAAGAUACACUAGAAGGGUUCUCUUCGCCAAAAGAUGCUAAGGCCCUCGCAGAGAAGUUUGAUGCCGCAGGAGUGAAUUAUGAGCUGCACAUGUACGAUACUGGCCAUGCCUUCACUAAUCCUACUAAUCCAAAUUACACUAAGGAAAUUUGUGAUUUGGCAUUAGGAAGGAUGGUAGAGUUUAUGAACAAGCAUUUACAGUGA